GGCGCCAAGCCCUGCGAGGACGGCAAGGCCGGCGAGUUCCUCUGCAAGGACGUCGACCUCGUCACGUGGACGCCGGCGUCCCAGGUCGCGAGCGGCAUCAUGAACAUGAACUGGGGCUGGACCGACGCGAACGGCCGCGAGUGGCUCAUCCAGGGCGGCGGCUCCGGCGUCGGCUUCAUCGACAUGGGCAUCCCGGGCACGUCCGACGCGGACCCGGCCGUCAAGUUCAAGAUGAAGGCCCACAACUCCGGGAGCUCGACCUGGCGCGACGUCAAGACCUACGACCACUACCUCCUCGUCGGCUCCGAGCAGUCCGGCCACGGCGUCCAGAUCUUCGAUUUGGAGCGCCUCGACCCGGACCACCCGAAGCACAACCCGAGCGGCGCCUACUUCGAGCCCGACGCGCGCUACGCCGCCGUCGGCUCGUGCCACAACGUCGCCGUGUCCGACGAGACGGGCCUCGCGUUCUGCGUCGGCGGCGACGUCUGCAGCGGCGGCCUCCACGCCUUCGACGUCACCGACGCGCUGAACCCCAAAGAGAUCGGCUGCGUCGUCUCCGGCCACACCCACGACGCGCAGUGCCUCCUCUACCGCGGCCCCGACGACGCCUACUACGGCAAGGAGAUCUGCUUCGUCUACCACGGCUACAACGGCUUCGCCAUCUACGACAUCAGCGACCUGAACAACGUGCAGAAGCUCUCGUCCCUGUCCUACGCCGGCCAGUCGUACACGCACCAGGGCUGGCUCAACUGCGCGCAGGACACGAUCUUCAUGGGCGACGAGACCGACGAGACGUCCUACACGAAGACCAUCGUCCUCGACAUCAAGAAGCUCUCCGACCCCAAGGUCCUGCAGACGCACGUCGGCGAGGCGACGGUCGUCGACCACAACCAGUACUCGUGCGGCGCGUUCGUCUACCAGGCGAACUACGAGGGCGGCCUCCGCAUCCUCGACGGGUCCCAGGCGCCGGACAACGGCGGCAAGAUGGAGGAGGUCGCCUUCUUCGACAUCUACCCGACGCGCGACGCCGUGUCCUACAAGGGCGCGUGGAACGUCUGGCCCUACUUCCCGUCGGGCCGCGUCGUCGUCUCCGACAUCUCCGGCGGC